AUGGAUGAGAUGAUGCGUGGACAAAGAGGGUGGAGAGAAUUAGCAAUCUUGGGGGAUAAAAUAGAGAAGUUCUCUGGUAUGCUAGAGGGCUUUAUUUGGUCUCUUAGGAAUAGUGAAGCCAAUGACUAUUUUGAUGAUUGGGCUUUUGAGAAGGUAAUAAUUAGGAAACAUUUUCUUGCACCAUCACUGCUUGCUUCUCUAAUUUAUUCCAUUGUUCAAAUGCAUGUUGGAAAG